AUACCACAUUACUUCAGUAGUAUAGUAGUAUUGAACGCCGCUGAACCUAAGAGUCCUUCGCCACGAUCAUGGCGUCGCCGUUAGAGGGAUGUGUGGCCUCGUUGCGCAAUAGCAUGCAACUGCUGGAUUCAUCUAUCAAUAUACUAGACGACGGCGUCAGUGACCUACCUCGAUUGGCGAAAGUACUGCAGACAACCCGGCACUUUGAGCUCAUCUCCGAAUCGGACCUUCAAACCGCACAGUCAGCCCUCCUCUCAGAGAUCCGCCCAGAAGUCGAUAAUCUCCUAAAACGUGUCGAGAACUACUUAGACAAGCUUGAACGCCGCGAACAAUCCCUGAUCGCAAAGUGCGACUUGAAUGACGGCAGACUUGGUCGAGAUGGAACUGGCGGGUCAGGCUCAAGACCGGCCAGUAGGUCUGCGCCGAGGAGUGGGGGGAAAGCAGUCAGUGCACAACAAGAACUGCGAGUCAAGGCAUUGAAGGCAAAGAAGGAUAGGUUGAGCUAUGCGGUGGAAACACUGGAAUUGCAGGCAAAGCAACGGGAGAGACAACUGAGAAUGAGCAUGGCGGCUCCGCAGCAGCUUUAUGAUGAUUAGUUCUUGCAAAGAGUUUGGUUUAUUGUUGGGAAUAGUCGAUACGCAGUAUGGCGCAGAUUGGAAGCCUUAUCGUAUUCGGAUGGGCGUUUUGCGAUUAAGAUACCC